UUUUUUUUCAGAAAAAGAAGAAUACUGCAAAGCAACAAUGCUUUAAUGUACAGUAUUAUUCCAGCUAAUCACCAUCAGGUAUAAGAGAAAACAAGACAUGGAAUGAUGUUACUAUUUCAGUUAUUAUUACAAUAUUUACUAACAUUAUAUAUGGAUUUCAGGGGAAUGAAUGCACAAUAUAUCCACUUCAAUGCAGGCCAGAGUCUGCUGUGGUCUCCUCCUUCCUACCAUUGGUGUCUGCUCUUUCUUUGUGGUUGUUUUAAUUUGAGUUUAGGAUGGCGGGUUUAAAAUGCUUUCACAGUAACUUGUCUUCAUUAACAAACUCAUCAUUCUCAUCAGCUAGUGAGUUUAUGGUUUCAGCAUCAGAAACACAAUCUCAGACUGAACACACAGCCCACCAAUAAUACUGAACCAGGUGUUUACUUCUGAAUGUCAUGAUGUACCUUAUGUUCAUAUGUAUAUCAUUUUUGGAUCAUGGACCAUAUUCAUAUUGACUUAAUGACGCAGUCGGUAAUAUGCAAAUUAUGUAAGCAGACAAAUACACAGACAUAGAGGAAGUGAAUGUGAUAAAGAGGCUAUAAAGUAAUAAACAAGUGAGGUGAUGCUGAAUAAAGAAUGAGAGCAGAUAUAAUAAUCUCACAGUCUGAAGCUGCAGACAGAAACACCCGUCUUCUGAACGUGUCCUCAGAAAUGGACCCCACUCUGUAUUUCAUUCUUCUUCUCUCUGCUCUCUGCUCCGUAUCUGAAUGUGUUCAGCGUCAGUAUCACUUUAUAAAUGAGAGGAAGAACUGGACUGAAGCUCAGAGAUACUGCAGAGAGAAAUACACAGAUCUGGCCACCGUUGAUGACAUGAACGACAUGAACGAGAUGAAGAAGAGUCUGAAUGAUGGAGGUGUUCAGCUCGUCUGGAUUGGUCUGCAGAAGACGGGUCGUGAUGAAUGGAGGUGGUCUUCAGGUGAACCUGCUCUCUAUCUGAACUGGAAACCUGGACAACCUGAAGGCAGAGAUGAUUGUGGUAUGAUGACAAAUGGAAAAUUUGAAGAUUUGCCAUGUAGUUCUAAUAAACAUUUCAUCUGCAACAACACAAACACAGUACUGUUUUUGGUCGAUCAGAAGAUGAACUGGACAGAAGCUCAGAGUCACUGCAGACAUAAUCACAUUGAUCUGAUCAGUGUGAGGAACCAGGAGGAGAAUCAACAGCUUGAGCAGUUCAUUAGUGAUAAUAAACCAUCUGAUUCAUAUAUCUGGAUCGGUCUGUUUAGAGUCAGAGACUCCUGGCAGUGGUCAGAUCAGAGUAACUCCUCAUUAAGAUACUGGAGAGCUGGUGAACCUAAUAAUAGUGGAGGUCAUGAAGACUGUACAGCUGUUGAUCAGAAAUCUCGGGGACAAUGGAUUGACGUCUCUUGUGACAAACAAUAUCCUUUUGUGUGUCAUGAAGAUAAACUGAUUGUGAUCAGAGAGAAUCUGACGUGGUCUGAAGCUCUGAGAUACUGCAGACAGAAUCAUGUGGAUCUGGUCUCGGUUCAUUCAGAAGAGAUUCAGCGUCGUGUGAAGAACGUGGUUAAACUGGCGUCUACUGCUGAGGUGUGGAUGGGUUUACGUCAUGCCUGUAUUUUGGACGCCUGGUUCUGGGUGAGUGGAGAGACUGUGUGUUAUCAGAACUGGGCUCCAGGGAACGGAUCUUCAGAUGAGGACUGUAAAGACUCAGUGAGAUCUGGAGCAGUUCAGUCUGGAGGAGAUCCACGCUGGAUCAGUCUUCCUGAAAACACCAAACUCAACUUCAUCUGCAGCAGAUACUAAGACUGAAAGAUAAACAGAACUUUAUUAUAAAAUGCCUGUGUUCCUUUAACUUCAUUAAUCACUUAAUUAAUAAUUUUCUAUAUAAUAAUUUCUAACACAUAUCCGAAGUUUAAAGUCAGAAAUAAGUACAUCAGUGCAGUUUCCAAAAUAAAUAGAGGUGUCACACAUGUGGACUCUUUUGUUGUUGUUUUGUUUUCUCCCAUGUGCUCUGUGUGCCCUACUUUCUGUUAAUCACCUUAGUGUGUUCACCUGUGUCUAGUUAAUUUUGUGAUUUCCUGUGUGUAUUUAAGUUCAGUUUGUUUGAAUUCAGUUGGUCCAACUUUGUCUUUUAUAUGUAUGGUUUAUGGUUUGCCUGCAUGCAUGCCUAUUUGCAAGGAUAUUGUUUAUUUCGUUUUUUGGAGAUUAAAAGAUUUAUGUUUGUAGCA